AAACUUGGGGUAGUUUAGGGACUAUUGGCAAAGGUUGCAGCCUGCUAGCUUUUAGGCUAGCCUAGGCCUGGUGGUGGGUGUUAAACACGCGUAAACAUUGCCUAAGUAUAUAUUGUACAAUAGACAAUUAUUUUGAUGAAGCCAAAAGGGGUGUCGCCAAAGGUGUCACACACGUGACGUAACGUUACGUACAAAAACAACAAAAUGGAGGGUAGUGGUGGUCGAGAAAAGGAACAUUUGCUCUCUUUGAAAGUAAUGAGGCUUACAAAACCAUCGUUUAUUGGUUUAACACCAGUCCUCUGUGAAGCUAAUGAUAUAGCAGGUGGAGACACAUUAACAGAUAUUAAACCAAGUCUUGCGAGUGUUAAAAGUAUACCAUCCUUCUCUGUUAGUGAAAUGUUGACACUACCACAAAACUUCGGGAGUAUCUAUUUAGGAGAGACAUUUUCAAGUUACGUGAAUGUGCACAAUGACAGCCAGAGCACUGUGUCCGAUAUUCAAGUGAAAACCGAUCUCCAGACAGCUUCACAGAGGUUGACGUUAUCGUCCACGACAACUCCAAACAAUGGUGACUUGGAGCCUGACGGUUCGGUAGAUGAUGUGGUCAAUCAUGAGGUCAAAGAACUUGGAACGCAUAUUUUGGUGUGUGCAGUAAGUUAUGCAGCGCCCUCUGGUGAAAAAAUGUACUUUAGAAAAUUUUUCAAAUUUCAAGUUUUGAAACCACUUGAUGUGAAAACAAAGUUUUAUAAUGCUGAGGACUACAGACGCUUCCGAGGGAGAGUGUUCUAUGCAUCAGAUGAGGUGUAUUUGGAAGCACAGAUUCAGAAUAUCACAAACUCACCAAUGUGCAUGGAAAAAGUGAACCUUGAACCUUCACCUAAAUACAAUGUCAGAGAACUAAACACAGUUGAACGAACUCAAUCUAAUGAAACUACAUUUGGCAAGCUAAACUAUCUUAAUCCAAUGGACGUCAGACAGUACCUCUACUGCUUGACUGCUAAACAGCACCCAGGUGCACUGAAGGUGAUUCUUAAAGGAGUCUCCAACAUCGGCAAGCUUGACAUUGUAUGGAGGACCAACCUUGGCGAGAGAGGGCGCUUGCAGACUAGUCAGUUGGAAAGAGUGGCACCUGGUUAUGGUGAUGUUCGGCUCGCAAUCAAUGAAGUACCAGACGGCGUACAAAUUGAGAAACCAUUUAAUUUUAAGUGUCAGAUAACAAGUUGCUGUGAUCGAACAAUGGAAUUAAGACUUGUUCUGACAAAUACCACCAAAGGUCUACAUUGGAUAGGUGUGUCGGGCAAGCAGCUGGGCAAGCUUGGGCCGGGUGCCAGCAUGGAUAUUGAUCUAACUCUGAUGGCCUCGAUACCGGGCCUACUGAGCAUCUCCGGUCUAAGACUGACUGAUCAAUACCUUAAAAGGACAUAUGAACAUGAUGACAUUGCUCAAGUAUUUGUUUACACAAGCUUAGAGGGUGCAUGAAGAAACAGUGCAAUAUUUAUUCCUUGGGUCACACUCAUGUUAUAAAACUUUAUUGAAGGAUGACAUUCCAAAUGUAAGCAGACGUCAGAAUGGUGGCCUGUGAUUCAUGGUAUUUUGUUAAACAGUAAUCAGUAUAUCCAAUACUGUACAUUGUAUUGAAUUUGGAAACUCCUGUAACAUGGUAUAUUUAUAUUUUUUAAAUCUAUUCUAAAUUGGUACGGUUGAUAUAAUAGAAUGUUUAGAUACAUGCUAGGUAAUUUUUUUUUUUAUACCUGGUCAGAAAUGUCUAUCACUAUAAAUAUGAUAAAUAUAGUUUUCUGUACAAACAAAUUAAAGCCCAUAAUGUUUAUUUGUUAAUUUUCAAUCUUUACGACAACCUGAUAAUUAUAUAAGAUAUAUAAAUGUAUCUUAUCCAAAUCCAGAGUAAGGCUCAAGCCACUAAAUAUAAUAGAUUGGCUCAUUGCGAUUUCAAUGAACCUAUAAUAGUUACUUAAAAUGUACAGUAUAUACAAUUUAAGUGAAAACAAGUUGAUGUAUAAAGUUAAAUAUACUGAAUAAAUUAAUUAUAAAGUAUUCAAUGUAUAGUUUGUUCAUCAUAUUUUAAAAUGGUUUGUGUAAAACAUACACACUGUACAUUUAGUGUUCAUGAAAUACAAUAAGGGGGAAAACAGUGACUCAUUUCUCAACUCAUUCCAGCAGGGCCACUGCAUAGUCAGGAGUGGAUUUAGGGGGAACCGGGCCGGCCUAGUCACCUCUUUUAGAAAGGAAGAAAGAAAUUAUUAUUGAUUGCCUGAAACAUUUCAGAGGUUAUUUCUGGACAUCUAGAAAACAGUGUUGUCUCUCAAUCAGCCCCUCUUUCAGACAUUACUGGAUCCGCCCCUGAUUGUUUUUCCCCUAAUUCAAAUAACCGAUCAGCGGUAGUAUGUACCAACAUGGAAAUGACGCUUAAAUGCUUAUCAGCUGGUGUUUUUAAUUAUUGUCUUUUAGUCAACUCAAUUUUAUAUGCUAAAUUUAAACUAUAAAAAGUUACUGGUUAUCUGUUUUACAAUUGAGUCUACCUUCCUGAUAUCACAAUGAGGUUUAAGUUGACAAUUUCAAUACUUGCAGUCUUCCUGAAUCGUCAUUUUGUUAAAUGCAUACAGUAAAUUUGGCUACUAGUUGUAUCUUCUAAUUACUGUACAUUGUUUUCUCCAAAAUAUGUCUAUGGACAGACUCAAAUCCUAGAAAUUACAUAAAUUGUGUGGUUUGGUGUUUCACUGUAUAAUAUAGCAAGUAUACUAAAGUGUUGACAAACAUCGAAAAAUGUAUAUUUGACAUUACU